CAGGCAUCUUCUAAUGCUACAAUCACAUCCAGAAAUUCACAUUCAGCAGUAUUAACAAAAGAUGGAAAUAUUAUAAUUUUUGGUGGAAAUUCAGCAAAUGAUAUUAAUCAUGAUUUUAUAAUCACUGCCAUUCCGAAUCUCGCAAUAUUAAACACUAAUGUUUCACCAUAUCAUUGGUCGGUUCCAAAUAUUCCUUCAACAAAUGCUCCACCAUCGCUUUGCUAUCAUUCUGCUGCAUUAUAUAAUAAUAUCAUGAUUAUCACAUUCGGAGUUCAAACCUCCACGAAAACAGCAAAUAAUAACCUUUAUUUAUUUGAUGUUCAAAAUUAUGUUUGGAUUUCAUCAUCAACUAAUUCAUCAAGUCAAAGAAUUAGUGGUCAUAUUAUUGGAAUUGUUGUU